AUGAAGCGCCCUCAUGCUGCUCCAAAAGCGACUCGCAAAGUGCAGCACAAACGCCAGAAGAUCGACGACUUCCCAAAGCCGCUGCCGACCAAACCCCAGCGCAAAGUACGGCUAGACGAGCUAGGAUGGAAGCCCGUGUCGAUGCCCGACCGAUUGGAAGACUUCGAAGGCUUCUACGGGCUUGAGGAGAUCGACGAUGUUGCAAUAGUCAAGGACGGCACAACUGGGAACCUUACGUUCGAGACCACAAAGACGGAAGAAGAGGUUGGACAGGACAUAGAGGAAGCAUGGCGCCGUGAAGAGCAGGAGGCUCAGCGUUUGGAGAAAAUAACAUUUGGCGACGAAAAGGAGCCCGAGGAAGAUGAAACUAGGGAAGAUAAGACUAAUCAUGAGGUUACGAAAGAGGUGCCACAGAAAGAGAGUGUCGACGAGUCGUGGGAGGGAUUCAGCGAUGACGAGGCUGCGCAAGACAGUCAAGAGGAGACUACACCUGUCAGUGAGGAUGAAGAGUCUGACGAGGACGACCGCAUCGAUGGGGAGACUUUCGGUCCUGGUGCUUUUGAUAUCUUGGCUAACCAGCCUGAGGACGAAGAGGACGAGGUAGACGUGUCUGCUUGGGCCGAACUAAAUCUGUCCGAAGAGGUAUUGGACUCGCUAGCGAAGCUCAGGUUCUCGAAACCCACUGAAAUUCAGGCUUCAACAAUUCCCGAGAUCAUGGCUGGAAGAGACGUCAUCGGAAAGGCUUCUACAGGAUCUGGAAAGACACUCGCUUUUGGAAUCCCAAUCGUGGAAGCUUUCCUUGCCUCUCGAUCAGCUUCAGAGGAGCCAAAGGACAAGGGGCCGAUUGCUCUUAUCAUCGCGCCCACUCGAGAAUUGGCACACCAAAUCAACGCCCAUCUAAUCGCUCUUUGCGAUAAGGGGGAUUUCGAUGCUCCACAUGUAGCAUCAAUCACCGGUGGUCUAUCAGUCCAGAAACAGCGACGACAACUUGAGAAAGCAGACAUUGUCGUGGGAACGCCAGGGCGAUUGUGGGAGGUCAUUAGCACUGGUCAAGGUCUUCUAGAGAAGUUCCAGCAGAUACAGUUCUUAGUUGUGGACGAGGCUGAUCGUCUACUGAGCGAAGGACAUUACAAAGAGCUUGGAGAGAUCCUCAAGAUCUUGGAAAAGGACGAUGAAGCUGAUGACACCGAAUCAGGGGCUCAACGCCAGACUUUGGUCUUCUCCGCAACUUUCGGCAAAGGUUUACAGCAAAAGCUUGCUGGUAAAGCCAAAGGCGGUUCUGAUCUCAUGAGCAAGCAACAGUCUAUGGAAUAUCUUUUGAAGAAGCUUAACUUUCGAGAAGAGAAGCCUGCGUUCAUCGACGCCAACCCAGAUUCGCAGAUGGCGAGCAGGCUAAAAGAGGGUUUAGUUGAAUGUGCGGGUACCGAGAAGGACCUUUACCUCUACUCGCUCCUGAUGUUCUACACAAAGAAGCGCGCUCUGGUAUUCACGAACUCUAUCUCAGCGGUUCGACGUUUGACGCCGUUCCUUCAGAACCUCGCUUUACCGGCCCUGCCGCUGCACUCCAACAUGCCACAGAAAGCCCGUCUACGCUCCAUCGAGCGCUUCAAAGAGCGACCUGGCUCGAUACUUGUCGCCACAGAUGUUGCCGCUAGAGGUCUGGAUAUUCCUAAGGUCGAGUUAGUCAUUCAUUACCAUCUGCCCCGCGCGGCCGACACUUACGUACAUCGAUCUGGACGUACUGCGCGUGCAGAAGCUUCAGGGUCUAGUAUCCUGAUAUGUGCACCUGAAGAAGUCGGUGGAGUGCGAAGACUGAUUGCCAAAGUACACGCCCGUGCCGGAGAUGCACCCAAGUCGAAGAAGACGGCGUUCUUCAUCCGCACAUUAGACAUCGACCGCCGUAUUGUCUCCCGUUUGAAGCCACGCGCCACAAUAUCGAAACAGCUAGCAGACACUGUCAUUGCAAAGGAGAAGAAGCACAGCAAUGACGACGUUAUGCGACAAGCUGCAGAAGAUCUGGGCGUCAACUAUGAUAGCGAAGAGUUCGAGAAGGAAGCCAAAGGAAAACGAGGUCGCGGAACCGGGAGGAAGAAGAAGGAGAAGGAAGCGAGUGAAAUGACAAAGGCCGAAAUGCAGGCUUUAAGGUGGGAACUAAAGGGUCUGCUAAGUCAGAGGAUCAACACAGGGGUCAGUGCGAGAUACUUGACGAAUGGCGGGAUUGAUGUGGACGCGCUCAUGGCUGGAGAUGGAAACAUGGAAUUCUUGGGUACAAUAGAUGGCCUUGGACUUGAAGACGAGGAGUAG